AUGGCGGACUCAUAUCGCCCCGGCCGCUCCAGUCGCCCGCCGCCUCUCGCAGACCGCAUGACGUUCACCAGCGGUGGAGGCGGAGGAGGAGGCGACAACUACAGGCCUGGAGGCCAGCAACAACAGCACGCCGACUUCACCUUCACGUCGGGCCACCACGCGCCGCGCUUUCCGCCUGCUGGGCCUGCCGACUCGGACUCGCGCUCGCAGGCGCGGAGACGCCCUCGAGGUGGAGCCUCGGGGAGCCAGCGCGACUACUCGGGACCGUCUCAUGGCAGCGCCAGAGGCAAUGCAAAUGGCUUCCGGGGUAGAGGCAGGGGCAGGGGCCGAGGAGGCUUCCGCGCCCCCCACGAGCGCGCCCUUCUGCAGGUCCGCGACGAUGCCAGCCCUGAGCACAUCAUGGGCGUCGAAGGUCCCAACAAGUUCCUAGACGUCGACAACAUGUCUGACGAUGAGGAAACCGCCAUGGACGUUGGCAGUGACAAAUCCGUCGACGAUGUCUCGGCUGACGGUCAGGACGGCAACCACAAGGUAGCCCGAACGCAGCCCAAUGGGCGUGCUGACGGCAACUCUGUACCCCAGUGGUGCAAUCCUGAUCCGUACACUGCCCUGCCGCCGCCUGAAGAGGUCAAUGGCAAGAAGAUUGACUUCGUCAAGAUGUUGCGCAAAGCCAAGAAUCAGGCAGCGGAAAAGGCUCAGGCCAACAACGCUGUUGCCGCCAACGACGAUUUCAUCUCGUUUGGCGAUGAUGACGCUGCUGAUGAAGAUGCUAUAUCUGCGCCUGUGUCUACUCGUGGAGUCCAUGUAUUCGAGGAUGAGGAGCCCGCGCCUCGCCGCCCUCAACGCAACGAGCCUGCGAGCCGGCCGGUGCGAGGCUCCAUGAACGACCUUGAUUAUGCUUCUCUACACACUGGGCCGCAGAACGACCCGCCGAAUGGGAGGCGAACAGCACAAGCGGCUGGGUUGCCUGACCAACCUUCACGCCCAGGCCGCGCCAGCAAGCGCAAGCACGUAGAGCUCGAGUCUUCUGGCAUCAUACAGGAGUGGCUGCCCGAUGCACAAUGCCACCCGUCACCGUGGAUGGAUCCGCGCCACAGCUAUGAUCAUCUCGCCCAAGAUCCCUUCAAAUGGCUCCACAACGAGAUCCUGGAUUUCUACGAUUUCGUCGCACCUCAGACAUUCGAGCACGACGUUCGCCAUGCUCUUGUAAAGCGGAUCCAAGCCGCGCUGGGCACUCAGAGGCUUCCCCAGGAUACUGGUCGCAUUCUGUGCUUCGGAUCCUUUCCAGCAGGAUUGUACUUGCCAACAGCCGACAUGGAUCUGGUGUAUACAUCGGACAGGCAUUUCAAUGGCGGUCCACCAGUCUUGGAUUUCUCCUCCAAAACUGCUGUGAACAGAACGCUUCGACAGGCUGCGAGGAGACUCGAGCAGGUGCACAUUGCUACCAACGUCCUUGUCAUUGCCAAGGCCAAGGUUCCAAUCAUCAAGUUCACGGAUAGAGUCACCAACCUCCACGUCGAUAUUUCAUUCGAGAACCUUAGCGGUGUUCAAGCACAAGCAACAUUCGCGCAAUGGAAGAACCAGUACCCUGACAUGAUCUACAUGGUGGCCCUCUUGAAACAGUUCCUGGUUAUGCGCGGAAUGAACGAAGUCCACCAUGGCGGUCUAGGAGGAUUUAGCAUCAUCUGUUUGGUCGUCAGCUAUCUACAGCACGCGCAAAAGUCGGAGAACUUGGGUGAAUGUUUCCUGGGGUUCCUCAAAUACUACGGUAACGACUUCAGUCUUAGCCGGCAACGGAUUCAAAUGCAUCCUCCAGCGAUCAUCGACAAGACAUCAUAUGGCAUUGACGGGCGAGCGGAGAAGCCGGACGGCCUCUCGAUUCAAGAUCCUAACCGCCCGGACAACAACAUCUCUGGUGGAUCCCAUAAAGCGAGAGAGGUAUUCAAAGCCUUUGGCAAAGCGUACAGAAUACUCGAUGAUCACAUGGACGUACUACGCGCGGGUCAGGUCAGCCCUGGGCAUAGCAUACUUGCAUGCUUACUCGGCGGUAACUACAGCACGUAUAUUAUGCAGCGACGCCACCUCAAGUCACUUAAGUAA